UAUUAGGUCAAGCAUCAAGUCAUCAAUUUGCAAUGUCUACUAGUACGUCCAGUCGUGAAGAUGCCAUUCCCCCAAACGUCCGUUAUGUCCACGUCUCGACAAAAAACCUCGACACCUGCACACCACCAGAAACAUGCCACCUCAUCUCCCAAUCUGGCAUUGCAAAAGCCAAGCUUUCUUGGCCAGACCUCAUCCUCAAAUCCUUCUUUGGCGGCAUCUUCAUCUCUCUCGGCUCCCUCUUCAACCUGGCCAUCGCAGGCGGCGCGCCCGGCCUCCGGGCCUCGAAUCCUGCCUUAGCCACGAUGCUCUCGGCAUUGACCUUCCCCAUCGGCUUCGUCCUGACCGUCUUCACCAACACGGAGCUGGUGACGAGCAACAUGGCCGUCGUCAUGUACUCAACGCUACAGCACAAGACAUGCUGGUAUGACCUCGGAAAGAACUGGGUUGUUUCCUACGUCUUCAAUCUUGCUGGGUGUUUGUUCUUUGCUGGAGUCUUGGCUUGGUGGACUGGUACGCUCGAAUCUGAUGCGCAGACUGAGUAUGCAGUUGUACAGGCAGAGAAAAGGGUGAAUGUUAAAUGGGUUUACAAUUUCACUCGGGGGGUUGGUUGUAACUGGCUUGUGGGUUUGGCUGUGUACAUGGCUAUGAGCGGGAAAGAUAUGCUGUCGAAGAUUGUGGGUAUUUGGUUGCCCAUUUGGACGUUGUAAGCGUCACUCAGAGUCUACUUGUCUCUGCGACUUCGUGGGUGUCAAUGGAUAUAAUUGGGCUAAUUUGUAAAUCUGCAGUGUCUGCCUGGGAUACCAACACUCUAUUGCAAACUUCUUCCUCGUGCCCACCGGCAUGUUCUACGGGACCGACUUUGGCGUGGGUAAAUUCAUCUACCAAUCUGUUAUACCAGUCACGCUGGGGAACAUCGUGGGCGGUGCAGUCAUGGCAGGCGGGGUUCUAUGGUUUUUGUACGGAAGGGACGACGGCCUAGUAGACGAGAACAACCGUCUGCAUAACCGAGAGCUGAAAACUGUUCCCGAGGCCGGUAUUAUGGAUCCCCACCAAGUACUUGAUGGGAGAGAUAGCGAGGAAACCGUUGCUGCGGAGAAUACCAGUGGCGGAGUGAGACAAAG